GUGGCUCAUUCAGUGGGCCUUCCUGCUGAACUGGUGGCCUACGCCGAGACCGCGUCUUCACACGAAGAGCGGUUGGAGUCUCUGUGGAUUCGUCUGGAGGAGGCCAGUCAUAAGAAGGCCGUUGUUGCGGACCAGGAGGCAGCCGACGAAGAGUCCAGGGUAAGCAUCCCCCCUCCCUCCCUGCUGUCCGUUUCAUUCUCCCCUUCAAGUUGCAUUUUUUGGACCUAA